GGAGUUUAUUGCUCAGACAACGACGAACUGAAACGAAACGAUCUCUCAGGCUGGCUCGCGUCGCAGGGCACGCGACAAGAGUUUACAGCGCCUCACACAUCAGCCCAAAACGGUUUAGUCGAACGCUUGCACCUCACCCUCAUGAACAAGGCCCGUACGAUG